AUGUCCGAGACUGUCCCAGCUGCAGUGCCUGCUGCCGCCGAGGCCCCUGCAGGUAAGGCUGCCGCCAAGAAGCCGAAGAAGGCGGCGAGCGGCUCUAAAACCCGCAAGCCGGCGGGCCCCAGCGUUACCGAGCUGAUCACCAAAGCUGUGUCUGCUUCGAAGGAGCGCAAGGGGCUCUCUCUUGCCGCGCUGAAGAAGGCAUUGGUUGCUGGUGGCUACGAUGUGGAGAAGAACAACAGUCGCAUUAAGAUAGGUCUCAAGAGCCUUGUCAGCAAGGGCACCCUGGUGCAGACUAGGGGCAUUGGGGCGUCUGGCUCUUUCCGCCUUAACAAGAAGCCUGGAGAAGUGACGGAGAAAGCCCCCCAAAAGCGGGUAGUUGCAGUGAAGCCCAGGAAGCCAGCGGCCAAGAAGACUGUUAGCACACCUAAAAAGCCGAAGAAGGUGGUGACAGUGAAGAAGAGCCCCAAAAAGACGAAAAAGCCGGUGGCAGCUGCAGCUAAGAAAGCAGCCAAGAGCCCCAAGAAGGUAGCUAAAGUUGCAAAGCCCAAAAAAGUGGCAGUCAAGAGCCCAGCCAAGGCAAAGGUGGUGAAGGCCAAAGCAGCCAAGCCUAAAGCAGCCAAAGCAAAGAAGGCAGUGGCCAAGAAGAAGUAA